GGAGCUUCAUGCCCCUCACGAGGGUUCUUAUACAGCUGCAAGAUUCCCGUUGACUGAGUCAUUGUGUCUCUAAUAUACCAUUUCUAGAUUUGCGGUACUACAAAUCUCGUUAAGAAGCACUACAAUAUCCCAACCGUUCUACUUUUCAAUUUCAUUUCCACCGAUCAAUUGUCAUUGGCAUAAUGGGCUCCCUUCAGACUCCUUUUGGCAAGCCGAUGCUCAAGCAUUGGCUUUUUGACCCAUCUUAUAAAAAUCUCAAUCAUGGUUCCUUCGGCGCGCAUCCAGCAGCUGUCCGCGAAGCUCAGCGCGCCUUCCUAGACGUCGCCGAUCUACGACCCGAUCCAUAUAUCCGGGUCCAGCAUACGAAGCUUCUAAGUGAAGCUCGUGAAAGUCUCUCAAAGAUCCUCAAUGCAGCCAAAGACGAAUGUGUUCUUGUGAAAAACGCUACUACCGGCGUUGCAACUGUCCUGUACAACCUGAACUUCCAGGCAGGCGAGGUCGUUGUUUACUUUGAGCCCGUCUACGGUGCCGUGGAGAAAGGCCUGGUCUCGCUGCAGGAACACUCUGCCCUCCAGACUCGCAAAGUGCCAUUCCAUUUCCCCAUUGCGGAGGGUGAACUCGAACAACGGUUCCGUGAUGUUGUUCAAAAAGUGCGUGCCGAGGGUCUCACGGUUCGCGCGGCGGUUUUCGAUACCAUCGUUAGCAACCCUGGUGUACGCUUCCCGUUCGAACGCUUCACUGCUAUCUGUCGGGAAGAGGGGAUUCUGAGUGUGAUUGAUGGAGCCCACGGCAUUGGACAUAUCCAUCUUGAUAUGGAUAAACUGCAGCCAGACUUUUUCGUCUCAAAUUGCCACAAGUGGCUAUACACUCCUCGCAGCGCGGCAGUCCUAUACGUCCCCAAGCGCAACCAGCAUCUCCUGCGUUCAACACUCCCUACUUCCUGGGGCUUCAUCCCCGGAGCAGAAUCACCUGCAACCGUUGCUUCGGUUCUUCAAGACGCAAAUGCAGUCAUGACAAGGACACCCUUUGAGGAACUUUUCGAAUUCGUCGCAACCAGCGAUGACUCUGCAUUUCUCUGCGUGCCCGCCGCGCUGAAAUUCCGCCAGGAAGUCUGCGGCGGCGAAGACGCCAUUAUUUCAUACUGUGUCAACCUCGCCAACGAAGCCGCCGAUGCGGUUGCGGCUAUCCUAGGGACAGAUGUGAUGCAAGAGCCGGAUUUGAAAGCGGGCGAGACGAGCAACAUGCGCCAGUGCGCGUUGGCGACUAUUCGUCUGCCUAUUGGCGUUGCUGAUGAUGGAGCUACUCUUGCCGGGGCACCCGUGACCGUCACGUCCGAGGAAGCUCGUCGCGUUUUUGGAUGGAUGCAGACGACUCUUAUGGAAAAGCAUGAUACUUUUGUGCCGGUCUUCCAGCAUGGACCGUGGUUGUGGGUACGAAUAAGCGCCCAGAUCUAUUUGGAGAAGACUGAUUUUGAAUGGUUGGGUGCUAUUCUUCUUGAAAUGUGCGGCAAGGUUGCACGAAAGGAGAACUAAUGCUGCAAAUGACUGCUACAAGGCCUAGCGUAUAUGCAAAUUGUAAUAUGUUAAUACCCUCUUGAUACGUAAUUUGUACUGAUCAACACUGAAGCAGAUGGUUCUGAACAAACUGGGAUGGAAUUAGCUCUUGUCCGGUAAUCGAGUACUCUUAGCCAUUAGAGUUCCCCACAAUCCCUCCUCUGUGACUCUGCGAUUUUGUCAAUUAUUUCCAAUGACCAUUGAUAAUAUCAUGGCCGGUACUUACAUCGAACACAACAAAAGAAACUAAAACUCAAAUAAUAGCUAUGGCUCUUCAUUGGCUUAUAGAUCAACCAGCUGCAUCACGCCAUCAGCAGUUUGUUUAACCCAAGAUCACAUCAUCUCAUC